UGUUUUGUUGGAUUAUUGAAUUUCUAAAGGAAAUAAUGUAACAAUCAAUAAUAAUAAAAAAAACAUAAAUUACUAUUACAAUUUUAGUAGGUAAGUUAUAAAUAAUAAUCUUUACUUUAAAAUUACUAUAAAAAAAUGACUACCAAUGCGCGAGUGGCUGUGUCACAAAUACUUCGCAAUAAGGAUGAAACUGCUGAUGAAGAAGAUGAACCUAAAAAGAAGUCCCGUGAGGACUGGAGGAAGGCUAAAGAGUUAGAAGAGGCCCGUAAAGCUGGUACUGCACCGGCUGCUGUUGAUGAAACGGGAAAAGAUAUAAAUCCUCACAUACCACAAUAUAUAUCAUCGGCCCCAUGGUACUAUGGUACAUCUGGACCUACACUAAAACAUCAACGGCCACAAGAAGACAGAGAAGGGCAGUUCACCAGACUAGACACAUAUUAUAAUAAAGGUGUUACGGGGAGUGUAUCUAUAAAGUUUAGAAAAGGAGCCUGUGAGAAUUGUGGGGCUAUGACACACAAGAAGAAAGAUUGCUUAGAGAGACCUAGAAAAAUUGGAGCAAAAUUCACAAAUGCGGGCUUGGCUCCUGAUGAGUUUAAUCAGCCAAAUCUAAACCUAAGUUAUGAUGGCAAGCGUGAUCGUUGGAAUGGCUAUAACCCUGAACAACACAAGGCUAUCAUUGAGGAGUACCAAAAAGUAGAAGAGGCUAAGAGGGAACUACGAGCUCAGAAACUAGAACAAGACCCAACGGCCACCGAAGAAGACGACAGAGAAGGAGAGGAUGAAGACAAAUAUGUGGAUGAAGUGGACAUGCCGGGAACCAAAGUGGAUUCCAAACAACGUAUCACGGUCCGAAACUUGCGUAUCAGAGAGGAUACCGCCAAGUACCUCCGUAACUUGGAUCUCAACUCCGCAUACUACGACCCUAAGACGCGCUCCAUGAGGGACAAUCCAAUACCUGAGGCCUCUGACUUCGAGUACGGCGGCGAGAACCUGUCGCGCUUCUCGGGCGACACGCGCGCGCACGCGGAGGCGCAGCUGUUCGCGUGGGAGGCGCACGCCAAGGGGCUCGACGUGCAUCUGCUGGCCGAGCCCACCAAGCUGCAGCUGCUGCAGAAGCAGUACGAGGAUAAGCGGGACCAGUUCAAGACGCAGGUGAAGCAGUCGGUGCUGGACAAGUACGGGGGGGAGGAGCACCUGCACGCGCCGCCCCGCGAGCUGCUGCUGGCGCAGAGCGAGGUGUUCGUGCGCUACAACCGGGACGGCUCGCGCGCCGCCAACGCGGAGAAGCAGCUCGCCAAGAGUAAAUAUGAGGAGGAUGUGAUGAUCAACAAUCACACAUCAGUGUGGGGCUCGUUCUGGAAGGACGGCCAGUGGGGCUUCAAGUGUUGUCACUCUUUUAUAAAGAUGUCAUACUGUGUCGGGGAGGCUGGAAAGUCAAUGGUCUUGGAAGUACCUGAUACUAGCAAGGAGAUCCUUCAAAAUGUUGAAAAGGAAGAAGUUACAGAAAAAUCUGAAAAGGCAUCGUCCUCUGAGUCCAGUUCCAACAGUGGUUCUGAAUCAGAAAAAGAUAAAAGAUCAAAGACAGAAAAAACAAGCAAGAAAAAGAAAAAUAAGAAAAAGUCUAAGAAGAAGAAAAAGAAAGAUCAAAAGAAAGAUAAGCAAGAAGAUAAAUUGAAAAAGGCCUUAGAGAUGGAGGAGAGAAAACAGAAACAUGCCGAGUAUCUACUAUCUGUAGAUGAAAGGAAACGUCCAUACAACAGCAUGAUGGAAGUCAAGGAGCCCACGGAGGAGGAAAUGGAGGCCUAUAUGAUGAAGAGGCGACGAGAAGAAGAUCCUAUGAGUCAGUUUUUGUGAAAUUUGAUGCAAUAAAUAUUAUGUGUUAAUCUA